AUGGCGUCGCGUAAAACUGUCAAUCGUCGUCAACGACCACAAAGAGCAACUUCGAAUGUUUUCGCAAUGUUCGAUCAAGCUCAAAUCCAAGAGUUCAAAGAAGCUUUCAAUAUGAUCGAUCAAAAUCGCGAUGGUUUUAUUGAUCAAGAUGAUUUGAAGGAUAUGUUUGCUUCUUUGGGAAAAGAAGUCAGCGAACAAUUCAUUGAUGCAAUGAUCAAUGAAGCUCCAGGAGCUCAACCAAUCAAUUUCACCAUGUUUUUGACACUUUUUGGAGAAAAGUUGACAGGUUAGAUAAAUCUUAUAAAAUGCUUUUGUCUCCAAAAUCAACUUACAAAUUUAGGAACUGAUCCUGAAGAAGUAAUACGCAAUGCUUUCCAAUGUUUUGAUGAAGAAAACAAUGGAAAAUUGAACGAAGAACAUUUGCGCGAACUUUUGACAACAAUGGGUGAAAGAUAUUCGCACGAACAAGUUGAUGAAUUGUUCAGAGAUGCACCAAUUAAGGUUUGUUCGAUUAGAAUAUAAAUUCUAUCUCAAAUAAUUCUUAAAUUUUCAGAACGGCCAAUUCGAUUAUGUCGAAUUCACUCGUAUGCUCAAGCAUGGAACUAAAGAUAAGGAUGAGCAAUAA